ACAGAUGAGCGCCCGCGAGGACACGGUCGGAGGACCCCGUAUCGUGGUUGUUCAUGAGCCCGAUGACGCCAGUGACAGCUCCGUGUACGAGGGCACCUCUGAGGAAGAGGACACAGCUGGAGUCUGGCAGGAGAGCAAGAGUUCGGACCUGCCCUCUGAGUACUGGCACAUACAGAAGCUCGUUAAGUAUAUGAAGGCUGGGAACCAGACUGCCACGAUAGUUGCCCUGGCUUGUCUCAAAGAUCAUGACCUCACCACGGAGAUCAACCAGAUGGCCAUCAGAGACAUCGGAGGUCUCGAAGUUCUCAUCAAUCUUUUGGAAACAGACGACUUCAAAUGUAAGAUGGGUGCUUUGUCGGUGCUCAGUGAAAUCUCCAGUAAUCUUGACAUUCGCAAACAUAUCACAGAUUUGGGAGCGGUGCCACUUCUAGUCAAUCUCCUCAGUGAUCCUGCAAGGGAUCUACAAGGGCUUGCGGCUUUUACAAUAUCAAAUGUUGCCAAGAUACGAAAAGCGAGAAAGAUUGUGCGAAAGUGCUCUGGACUUCCUAAACUUGUAGACUUGUUGGACGUGAAGCCUUCACUGUUGCUGACACCAAUAUCCCAGUUGGAGCAGGAUGAUCGGAAGCGGAUAGAUGUCGUUCACGGGAGUGCAAAGGCUAUCUGGAGUCUGUCGCAGUCCAACAAGAACAAGGAGGCUAUGAGGCGUACCGGCUGUAUCAAGUUGUUAGCCCGUCUGCUGCAGUCUGUCCAUGAGGAGAUCGUGGUCUUCACCGUUGGCACGAUCCAGCAAUGUGCCUCUCAGAGUAAGUACCAGUUGGCCAUCCAGGCAGAAGGGAUGAUCGGAGACAUGGUGAGGUACCUGUCCAGCCCUAACAUCGAGCUCAAGAAACACUGCGCGUCUGCCAUAUUUAAGUGCGCGGAAGACAGCGUGACGCGUGACAUGGUGCGUCAACACGGAGGUUUGGACCCCUUGGUUGCCAUCAUCAAGGACGAAGACGUGCAUCUCAACAAGCCACUACUGGCCGCUGCCACCGGGGCCAUCUGGAAGUGCGCCAUCAGCAUCGAGAACGUGAGAAGACUCGAUGAUCUCAACACCGUCAACAUUCUGGUGGGCCUGCUCUCUGAUGAGGAUGAGGAGGUGUUGACCAACAUAGUUGGUGCUCUGGCACAGUGCGCUAAACUGGGGCAUAAUAGAGAAGCCAUACGCCUGGCAGGUGGAAUCCAACCGCUUGUUAUGCUUCUCAACUUGGCCAAUCAGGCGCUGCUAGAAAAUGUUGCAAAGUGUCUGGGAGAAUGCGCCCACCAGGCUGACUGUUUGUCUGAGAUGGAAAAGAUGGACGCUAUCCGACUGUUCUGGUCACUUUUGAAAAACCCUUCGCCCAAGGUCCAAGCUAAUGCUGCCUGGGCCCUAGUCCCCUGUAUAGAGCAUGCUAAGGAUUCUGGAGAGAUUGUACGGAGUUUUGUGGGAGGGCUGGAAUUGAUCGUGAACCUCUUGCAGUCGGAAGACGUGCGAGUGUUAGCCUGUGUUUGUGCUGCUCUCGCUAAUGUCGCCAAAGACCGUGAGAACCUUGCAGUCAUCACGGACCAUGGUGUGGUGCCAAUGUUGGCCAGGCUGGUCCUCACUGAAGAUGAUACACUUAGAGAACAUCUGGCCUCAGCAAUAGCGAACUGCUGUAGUUGGAGCAACAACUGUUAUGAGUUCGGCCGCCUGGGAGCCGUCACUCCACUGGUCGGGUACAUGAUGUCCAAGGAACGCAGGGUCCACCGAACAACUGCCCUGGCGCUGUGCCAGCUCAGCCAGGACCCCUUCAACUGUGUCACCCUACACCAGAGUGGGGUAGUGCCGUACUUGCUGAAGACUAUUGGCUCCCCAGACGAAGUGCUACAAGAAGCUUCAGCGGGGUGUCUGAGCAACAUAAGGAAGUUAGCUUUGGCCUCAGACAGAGCGAAAUAUUGAUAUUACUUACUUUCUCAUCUGUUUCUUGUUUCUGUUCAAAUAAGAAUUUAUUUUAUGAUAGCAAA